AUGGCCGUGCUGAAGAACCUCGUGCUGCCGGCGGUGAUCAUGCUGGUCAUGGUGUUGUCGAUGGCGCUCGGCUCGACCGCGGCGCGGCCUCUGCCAGGAGAAGAACUGCCCGGAGAGGCCGCCGUCGGCGACUCCAUCGUCAGGUUCAUCCGGCAGCUAUAUUGGCAGCGGCUCAACGGGCCAGGUCCCUCGUGUAAAACUUGGAGCCCAAACAACAGAUGCCCACCACCACCAUGA